UUGCGUGAUUCGUUACAUAAAAUUUAUCUUGUUGUAAUCCUUGCACAAGUACCCUACUACUUCCAUACCUAUAACUACUAACUCUCAUAUCAAAUAGUUAUGGUUAACCAAAGUAAAAAGCAGCGAACUCAAUCCCCUGUAAAACUGAUGACUAAUUUUAAGUCGUUGAUUGCUACAUCAAGCAACAUACUUCCUACAAAUGGUUAUAGUGAGCCACAAUACUCACUUGUAUGUCGUAAGCGUCGAGCUGAAACUGAGGAUAAAACUAUACUGACAGCUAGUAUUAGCACUACUCCCAAAAAUUCAGUACCCUCUGCUCAUACAGAAACCCUCCCUACACCUUAUGUUCUUAUCGAAAAGCUCCAGCCUUCAAGCUCUGUUUCAGUACUAUCUUCAGAAAUAGAACUUCUAAAGUUGUCUAUAGGAGAACUUAAGGCCGAGUUAAGGGACUUAAAAAACAAUAAGUCAGUAGAUCCUGGAAUUUCCGAUACCAAUACCAAAAUCUCCAAUUUAUCAGGUCAGAUCAGUGAUAUCAGACUGCAGGUCUGUGAACUGACACCUUUAACUAUUCUCAUGAAAACUGUAGACCUUAACAAACUUGACAAUGAAUCGAUAUCUAAGGUGGAUAACCUAAUUAACUUUGUUACUACAGAAGUAACAAAACGACUAGAUGCUAAAUUAAAUGCUAUUGUCUACAACGUUCCGGAUAAUGAGGCACUAAAAAAGGUACAGCGCAUCCUACUUAGUGAGGCGAAAAUGCCCAACUCCAAGACUAAGUGCUACAGGCUGAAGAAGAGUCAACAUGACAAGUGUUGUCCUAUUCGUUUUCAGUUCGAAACACCGGCUGAGGCCAGAAAAUUUACCCACUCCCAACACACCCUAUCGCAACUCAGAAAUUACAAACUAAUAAAGGUUGCGGUGGACAAGACCGUCAUAGAAAGGCGCGUAUAUAAUUAUCACACUGAGUCUAAUUGUGGAAUAAACUAUAGGACAUUGCAAGCAGCAAUUAUACCCAACCCUUUGGGAGACACCGUAGAAUCCACCGCACCACCCCUCUCUAACCACACAGAAUUAUCUUCUCAGAGAGCGACACCAACCGAAAGGCCACUAAAUUGUAACCAAAUAGCCAAUAAAACUAUACCACCUACCACCGUAGAUUUAGACAUGUCACUAAAUAAUCCAAGAAAAAAUGUCAAAAUCCCCCAAAAGUUGACCCUUUCCUCUCCUAGCCAUAAGUCCAUUGGUAAAAAAGAGAAGAAUAUGACCCCAAAUCAUGCCAACAGCAACAAUGGCAGUAUAAGUAAGCCCACAUUCCCCACGGUCAAUAGUAUUGGCACCCACAACGUGCGAAAUAGCACCAUGGCCCACACUGAUAACCAACGCCAAAACAAUACCACCCUCAAGAGUACAAGUCAGAACUCGACCACCAACAACUCAGGGCAUUCACAGUAUGGCACGCUAAUAAAUUUUGAUCGGAUAUACGGUACAAGUCUGCUGGGAACUAACCCACAAAGCAGUACAUUCGAAACCCUUACAAGGACACCACUAGUACUUAACAAUAGGUGGAAUAAUAGACCAUGGUCUUCACAAGGUCCCAAUCAUUUUUUAUCCCCUGCGUCCCUGUCAGCGUUGAAAAAACAGCUGGUAGGGAUGCUAACACUCCUAAACCGCUAGUGCUGGCUCCCCCUUUGCAUGAAUGUAGGAACAG